UGGUUAUGAUGAUGGUGACAAUAAUGGUGGUUGUGAUAAUUUCAAUGGUGCUUUUGGUGGUUAUUUCAACAAUGAAUUUGAUGGAAAUUUUGAUGGUGGUAACUUUAAUGGAGGCUUUGACAUUGCAAGUGAUGCUUUUGACAUAACUUCAUUAAAUGAUUCUCUUCAUGUGGUAAUGGAUAUGGAAAUUUUGGUGAUGGAG